CAAUGCAUAUGCUUGGACUAAAUUGGCAGCUACAGCCAGCAGAUGGACACACCUUUAACAAUGGAAUAAGGACAGGCUUGCCAGGUUCUGAUGAUGUAGCAACCAUGCCCUCUGGAGGUAAAGGACCAUGGGCCACUAGAAACAAUAGCAUUGACAGUGGGGAGGCAGAGGUCGGACGGAGAAUCACUCAAGAAGUGCCACAAGGAGUAUUCUGGCGAUCACAAAUUCACAUUGCGCAGCCACAGUUCCUGAAAUUCAAUAUCUCUUUAGGGAAGGAUGCACUUUUUGCUGUCUAUAUAAGAAGAGGACUUCCACCAUCUGGCAAAGAUAAAGAAGUGGUUUCUUUCAGUACUGUCAUAUUGGAUUCUGUACAGGACUGUCCACGCAAUUGUCAUGGGAAUGGCGAAUGCGUAUCCGGAAUCUGUCAUUGUUUUCCUGGCUACCAUGGAGCAGACUGUGCAAAAGCUGCGUGUCCUGUUCUAUGCAGUGGCAAUGGACAAUACACCAAAGGAGCCUGUUUGUGCUACAGUGGCUGGAAAGGGCCAGAGUGUGACAUACCCAUCAGCCAGUGUAUUGAUCCGUCAUGCGGAGGCCAUGGUUCUUGCAUUGAAGGAAACUGUGUUUGCUCUGUAGGAUACAAAGGCGAAAACUGUGAGGAAGUUGAUUGCUUGGAUCCAUCCUGUUCCAACCAUGGUGUCUGUGUAAAUGGAGAAUGUCUCUGUAGCCCAGGCUGGGGAGGUUUAAAUUGUGAACUUCCACGUGCCCAAUGUCCAGACCAGUGCAGUGGGCAUGGCACAUACCUCACUGACACAGGCCUCUGUAACUGCGAUCCCAACUGGAUGGGUCCUGACUGCUCCGUUGAAGUAUGUGCUGUAGACUGUGGCACUCAUGGUGUAUGCAUUGGCGGAGCAUGUCGCUGUGAAGAGGGCUGGACAGGGAUAGCCUGUGACCAACGUGUUUGUCAUCCCCGCUGCACAGAACAUGGGACUUGUAAAGAUGGAAAAUGUGAAUGCCGAGAGGGCUGGAAUGGGGAGCACUGCACCAUUGAUGGCUGCCCUGAUUUGUGCAAUGGCAAUGGGAGAUGCACACUCGGUCAGAACAGCUGGCAGUGUGUCUGCCAGACCGGCUGGAGAGGGCCUGGAUGCAAUGUUGCUAUGGAAACCUCCUGUGCUGAUAACAAGGAUAAUGAGGGAGAUGGCCUCAUUGAUUGUCUGGAUCCAGAUUGCUGCCUCCAAUCGACUUGUCAGAAUAGCCUUCUCUGUCGUGGCUCACGUGAUCCGUUAGACAUUAUACAGCAAAGUCACUCUGGUUCAGAAGCUGUAAAGUCAUUCUAUGAUCGAAUUAAGCUCUUAGUGGGAAAAGACAGCACUCAUAUAAUCCCAGGAGAAAACCCCUUCAAUAGCAGCCUGGUAUCUCUGAUAAGGGGCCAAGUGGUGACUACAGAUGGAACCCCACUUGUUGGAGUCAAUGUAUCCUUUGUCAAGUAUCCAAAAUAUGGCUACACCAUCACUCGCCAGGAUGGCACGUUUGAUUUGAUUGCAAAUGGAGGAGCAUCGCUAACUCUUCAUUUUGAAAGAGCCCCAUUCAUGAGUCAAGAGAGGACAGUGUGGCUACCAUGGAAUAGCUUCUAUGCAAUGGAUACCCUCACUUUGAAAACUGAAGAGAAUUCUAUUCCCAGCUGUGACUUAAGUGGUUUCAUCAGACCUGAUCCUGUUAUAAUUUCAUCACCACUUUCCACCUUUUUCAGUGAUGCCCCUGGUCGAAAUUCAAUUGUUCCAGAGACCCAGGUUCUUCAUGAAGAAAUUGAGAUUCCAGGUGCCAACAUAAAGCUCUGCUAUCUGAGUUCCCGUACUGCUGGAUACAGAUCCUUGCUUAAAAUCACCAUGACACAAUCUCUUGUGCCUCUGAACUUAAUUAAAGUUCAUCUCAUGGUAGCAGUGGAAGGGCAUCUUUUCCAAAAGUCAUUCCAAGCAUCUCCCAAUUUGGCAUAUACUUUCAUUUGGGAUAAAACAGAUGCCUAUGGCCAGAAAGUUUACGGGCUCUCGGAUGCUGUAGUGUCCGUGGGCUUUGAGUAUGAGACCUGUCCCAGUCUGAUUUUAUGGGAGAAAAGGACUGCUCUACUGCAAGGCUUUGAACUUGACCCUUCAAAUCUAGGUGGCUGGUCUUUGGAUAAGCAUCAUGUACUUAAUAUAAAAAGUGGUAUUCUACACAAAGGUAGUGGAGAGAAUCAGUUUCUAACUCAACAACCAGCAGUAAUUACGAGCAUUAUGGGAAAUGGUCGUCGUCGAAGUAUCUCCUGUCCAAGUUGCAAUGGACUUGCAGAAGGAAACAAACUUCUUGCCCCUGUUGCACUUGCGGUGGGAAUUGAUGGGAGCCUGUUCGUUGGGGAUUUCAACUACAUUCGACGCAUCUUUCCCUCAAGGAACGUCACCAGCAUUUUGGAAUUAAGAAAUAAAGAAUUUAAACAUAGUAACAAUCCUGCUCACAAGUACUACCUAGCUGUGGAUCCUGUUUCGGGCUCUCUUUAUGUUUCGGAUACCAACAGUCGUCGUAUUUUCAGAGUCAAAAGCCUUACUGGUGCAAAAGACCUGGCUGGUAAUUCGGAAGUGGUCGCAGGGACAGGGGAACAGUGCCUGCCUUUUGAUGAGGCCAGAUGUGGUGAUGGAGGGAAAGCAGUAGAUGCAACAUUAAUGAGCCCUCGAGGUAUUGCAGUGGAUAAAUAUGGCCUUAUGUAUUUUGUUGAUGCAACAAUGAUCAGGAAAGUUGAUCAGAAUGGUAUCAUAUCAACUCUGCUGGGCUCUAAUGACUUAACUGCUGUUCGGCCACUGAGCUGUGAUUCCAGCAUGGAUGUCACCCAGGUGCGACUGGAGUGGCCAACUGACCUGGCUGUCAAUCCAAUGGAUAACUCACUGUAUGUUUUGGAGAAUAAUGUCAUCUUGCGAAUCACUGAGAACCAUCAGGUUAGCAUCAUUGCUGGUCGUCCAAUGCACUGUCAGGUUCCUGGGAUAGACUACUCACUUAGUAAACUGGCCAUUCAUUCCGCUUUGGAGUCAGCCAGUGCCAUCGCCAUUUCACACGCUGGUAUUCUUUACAUCAGUGAGACAGAUGAGAAAAAAAUUAACCGCCUUCGUCAAGUCACCACGAAUGGCGAGAUUUGCCUUCUGGCUGGGGCAGCUUCAGACUGUGACUGCAAAAAUGACGUGAACUGCAAUUGCUAUGCUGGGGAUGAUGCUUAUGCAACUGAUGCCAUCUUAAAUACUCCAUCUUCCUUAGCUGUGGCACCAGAUGGUACGAUUUACAUAGCAGAUCUUGGAAACAUACGCAUCAGAGCGGUCAGCAAAAAUAAACCAGUUCUCAACUCUUUCAACCAAUAUGAAAUCGCUUCACCAAGAGAGCAAGAGCUGUACAUCUUCAACAUUGAUGGCAUCCAUCAAUAUACUCUCAGUCUUGUUACGGGAGAAUAUCUAUAUAAUUUUACUUAUAGUGCUGAUAACGAUGUGACUGAAUUGGUUGAUAACAACGGCAACUCUCUGAAAAUUAGGCGGGAUACAAAUGGAGCUGCACGCCAUUUUUUAAUGCCUGACAACCAAAUUGUGACUCUUGCUGUCAGCACCAAUGGUGGUCUUAAAGCAGUGUCAACCCAGACCUUGGAACUUGGAUUAAUGACCUAUCAUGGAAGCAGUGGUCUUCUGGCAACCAAAAGUGAUGAAACGGGAUGGACAACCUUUUAUGAUUAUGACCAUGAAGGACGCCUUACCAAUGUAACUCGCCCUACUGGUGUAGUAACAAGCCUUCACCGUGAAAUGGAAAAGUCUAUUACGAUAGAUAUAGAAAACUCCAACCGUGAUGAUGAUGUCACAGUAAUUACCAAUCUCUCAUCUGUGGAGGCUUCCUACACAGUUGUUCAAGAUCAAGUGAGAAACAGCUAUCAGCUCUGCAGUAAUGGCACCCUGCGAGUGAUGUAUGCAAAUGGGAUGAGUAUUAGCUUCCACAGUGAGCCACAUGUCCUAGCUGGGACUGUGACCCCAGCAAUAGGACGAUGCAAUAUUUCACUGCCAAUGGAAAAUGGCUUAAAUUCAAUAGAGUGGCGUCUCAGAAAGGAACAAAUUAAAGGAAAAAUUACUGUGUUCGGAAGAAAGCUCAGGGUCCAUGGAAGAAAUCUGCUAUCGAUUGAUUAUGAUCGGAACAUUCGCACAGAGAAAAUAUACGAUGAUCACCGGAAGUUUACACUCCGUAUUAUUUAUGAUCAACUUGGACGUCCUUUCCUCUGGCUGCCCAGCAGUGGACUUGCUGCUGUGAAUGUCUCUUAUUUUUCAAAUGGACGGUUGGCUGGGCUUCAGCGUGGUGCCAUGAGUGAAAGAACUGAGAUUGACAAACAAGGCAGGAUUAUUGCACGCAUGUUUGCUGAUGGAAAAGUGUGGAGUUAUACAUACUUAGAAAAAUCUAUGGUGCUACUCCUUCAAAGUCAGCGGCAGUACAUCUUUGAAUAUGACUCUUCAGAUCGGCUGCAUGCUGUCACUAUGCCAAGUAUAGCUCGACACAGCAUGAGCACUCACACCUCAAUCGGCUAUAUUCGAAAUAUUUAUAACCCACCUGAAAGUAAUGCUUCAGUGAUUUUUGAUUACAGCGAUGAUGGAAGGAUUUUGAAAACAUCUUUUUUAGGAACUGGUCGGCAAGUUUUCUACAAAUAUGGGAAGUUAUCCAAGUUGUCGGAGAUUGCAUAUGACAGCACAGCAGUGACUUUUGGAUAUGAUGAAACUACCGGAGUUCUGAAGAUGGUUAACCUACAGAGCGGGGGCUUUUCUUGCACCAUCCGCUAUCGUAAAAUUGGCCCUCUGGUUGACAAACAGAUUUACAGAUUCUCUGAAGAAGGUAUGGUCAAUGCUAGGUUUGAUUAUACCUAUCAUGAUAAUAGUUUUCGAAUAGCUAGCAUCAAGCCUAUAAUAAGUGAGAUCCCUCUUCCAGUUGACCUCUAUCGUUAUGAUGAAAUCUCAGGCAAAGUAGAGCACUUUGGCAAAUUUGGGGUAAUCUAUUAUGAUAUAAAUCAAAUAAUCACUACGGCUGUAAUGACACUGAGCAAACAUUUUGAUACACACGGACGGAUUAAAGAAGUUCAGUAUGAAAUGUUCCGAUCACUCAUGUACUGGAUGACAGUGCAAUAUGACAGUAUGGGAAGGGUAACUAAGAGAGAAUUAAAGCUGGGGCCUUAUGCCAAUACAACUAAAUAUACAUAUGAUUAUGAUGGAGAUGGGCAGCUCCAGAGUGUGGCAGUCAAUGACAGACCAAACUGGCGUUACAGUUAUGAUCUAAAUGGCAACUUGCAUCUCUUGAAUCCUGGGAACAGUAUCCGAUUGAUGCCACUACGCUAUGAUCUAAGAGAUAGAAUUACGCGACUAGGUGAUAUGCAGUAUAAGAUUGAUGAUGAUGGGUUUUUGUGUCAAAGAGGUUCUGACACAUUUGAGUACAAUUCCAAGGGCCUCUUAACAAGAGCUUAUAAUAAAGCAAAUGGAUGGAGUGUUCAAUACCGUUACGAUGGAUUAGGAAGACGAGCCUCUUACAAAACUAACCUGGGACAUCACCUUCAAUAUUUUUAUGCUGAUCUUCACAACCCAACUAGGAUAACACAUGUCUAUAACCACUCAAAUUCAGAAAUUACCUCUCUGUACUAUGAUCUGCAAGGUCAUCUUUUUGCAAUGGAAAGCAGCAGUGGAGAAGAAUAUUAUAUUGCCUCGGAUAAUACGGGUACACCAUUGGCAGUUUUCAGUAUCAACGGUCUAAUGAUCAAGCAACUGCAAUACACAGCCUAUGGGGAGAUCUAUCACGAUUCUAAUCCUGACUUCCAAAUAGUCAUUGGAUUUCAUGGAGGGCUAUAUGAUCCUUUAACAAAACUGGUCCACUUUACUCAAAGAGAUUAUGAUGUUUUGGCUGGACGUUGGACCUCUCCUGAUUAUACAAUGUGGAAAAAUGUUGGUAAGGAACCUGCCCCAUUCAACUUGUAUAUGUUCAAGAGCAACAAUCCUCUCAGCAAUGAACUGGAUUUAAAGAACUAUGUGACAG